UUUCUUCCAGGUGAUAUGUAUGAAAUCGGGGCCAAAGCCGGGAAGUACUAUUCAAUCAAUGUUCCCUUAAGGGAGGGCAUUGAUGACGAUACAUACUUCAACGUCUUCCGUGGCGUCAUCAACGAUGUUGUCACGUUCUACAGGCCCACGGCGAUUGUGCUUCAAUGUGGAGCUGACUCACUGGGUUGCGACCGUCUCGGUGUGUUCAACCUGUCCAUUCGUGGUCACGGUCGAUGUGUCAAAAUGGUGAAAGGUCUGGGUCUGCCCAUGUUGGUACUCGGUGGAGGGGGCUACACGGUACGCAAUGUGGCUCGGUGUUGGGCCUAUGAGACCGCUGUAUUGCUGGAUCAAGAGGAGCAAAUCUCAAACGAAUUGCCCUACUCCCCGUACAUUGAGUUUUUCAGUCCGGACUACACUCUGCAUCCGGAUUUGACCACUAAAUUGGACAACGCGAACACAAAACAGUAUAUCGAAGCACUUCGGACCACGGUACACGAUCAUCUGAAACAAUUGGUACAUGCUCCAAGCGUUCAGUUUGUCGACGUCCCACCCGACUACUUGGACACGUUCCGCUUGGAGUCGGAGGAAGAACGAGAAAAGCCAGAUGGACGCUUGUCGAAAGAAGAACAAGAUGGGGCCGCUACCGCUCGAACUCGCUAACUAUUAACAAUCCGAAACCCGACCAUACCAUUUGUACAUACGAAGUAAUCACUUAUAAAACGACAUAUCUUCUCCAAAAAA